AUGAGCCACUUGGUGAAGCUUGUGGUAGGAGACUGGGAGAGGGGUGAACCAGGUCUUUGGAAGUUUCAUGUUGAUCACACUAGGGUUAAAUAUGACAUCAUCCUGAGAGAAAACGAGACCUUUACUUCUGUUAGGGGAAUAGUUCGUUCAAAAUACAAGCUAGAUCAGUUGUUGUUGCCUACUGAGCCGAUUUUGUUGACUUACGACUUCCCUGAGUACACAACCCUAACGGGUGAUUACACUUCUCCGCCUGUUGAGAUAAAAGAUGACGGCGAUGUUCAGUUGUUUAUGGCGAUAAGGAUGGACCAAGCGGGACUGGAAAUGUACGUGACAUUUGGAGACCGAGAUGUUUCUCUCUAUAGGCGUCAGCGUCGGGGGGAGGACGGCAUCGAGGACGACGAGGUUGUGAUGAGGGCCCCAAAACGGAUGAGCCAACCAGACAUUCGGCGUCCCAAUUACUUCUUAGCUAGCGAGAGUGUGCUCCGGGAAAUCUGCACCCCGGAGGAGUUCGAGAGAAUAAAAAAUGCUUCGGUUCCCUAUGAGGGUGACGGAUGCGGUGAAGACAUGUAUGAUAGCGACUCAACAGACUCGUCAGCAGACUCGUCAAGCUUGGCGCUGGUUACUAAAGAGGCAGCGGAAGGUUGUGGUGUGAUAAGCUUAGCAGAUGGUCCCCCCGAAAUGCGUAGCGGAAAUGACCAAGAGGCAAGAGAGGAGGAUCCGCCCCGGGUAAUCCUACCUGGAGGGGAAAGACAAGGCUUCCCCAGUCAUGGUGUGACUAUGGGAAUUUCUGGAGUGCCGUACAACAAAGCGGCUGGAAAACGCGCAUUGUCAACGGGAGAUGCGGUUAUUCAUGAUCCCUAUGUGGGACAUGAGGACAUCAACAGCCACACUAAUACUAGCAAAAUUCCUAUGGGCAUCCCAUUCGAGGACGAGUCUGAUGAUUGUAGGAUUAUAGAUGGACGUGAUAUGGCCUCGAAAGGCCAGGUCUACGUGGGGCAGGUGUUCGAGACUAGGGAUGCCUUUAAGCUCCACAUGUCUAUGUACGCAAUUGCUAACAAAUUCAAGUACCUUGUGAAGCGUUUCGAGCCAGGGAAGAUGGUCCUAGAAUGUGGGGGUGCUAAUUGCGGGUGGCGAGCCUAUGCGGUUAAGAUUGGAGGAACCACUAGGUUUGAGAUUAGGACAGCUGAUACAGCUCAUACUUGCUCUGUUAAUGAGAGGUGGGGGUUCCGACACCAUGCAACUGCUAGCAUCGUUGGUGAUAUGAUGCGCCAGCGAUAUGGGGGGCCCGGUGGGGUAGUCCCAAGACCAGUAUCUGUGAGAGAGAUCAUGCGGAACGAUCAUAGCGUGCCGAUAAGUUACUGGAAGGCAUGGAGGUCGAGAGAAAUAGCAGUUUCGCGUGGGGACGGAAACGUUGAGACAGCUUACCUGGCAUUGCCUUCUUAUCUGGCGAAGCUUGCAGAGGCAAACCCGGGAUCAAUCAUGGCUAUCGAGUCAACUGAGGCAGCAGAAGGGGCACACCGUUUCAAGUAUCUUUUCCUUGCUUUUGGGGCGAGCAUUAGAGGGUUUGCAUAUAUGAGGAAGGUGGUUAUCAUAGAUGGCACACAUCUAAAGGGGAAAUACCAAGGCUGCCUUCUUACAGCAAUAGACAGUGAGAACGACGAGGCAUGGACAUGGUUCUUCACAAAACUUUCAGCUGUCGUUCCGGACGUGAAUGACCUGGUGUACCCCAUGGCUCAGCACUGCGCUUGUCUCCUGCAUCUUCAACGUAACGUUCAGACCAUAUUCAAGAGGAAACACCUAAUCUAUCUGAUCGCACGUGCUGCUAGAGAUUUCCGCCUAGAGGAUUUCUACGACCACUUCAAUGAGAUAAAAUUGAUCGACAUAGCUUGCGCCGAUUACCUAAUCCGGAUAGGUCUAGAGCACUGGGCGAGGUUGCAUUUCUCAGGGGCAAGGUACAACAUUAUGACUAGCAGCCUAGCUGAGUCCCUUAAGGCAGCUCUUGCUACGGCCCGGGAGUAUCCCAGUGUCUCAUUGAUCGAGUACAUACGGUCAAUGAUGGUGGGGUGGUUCUCAUCUCGAAGGGUUGCGUCGCUCUCAAACAUUGGAGAUGUGACUCCUAAGUUUCGUGAGGCACUGACACGCAGCUUCGCUGUGUCAACUGGGUACGCGGUGAGGCAUUUGAUCAAUGCGGAAUAUGAGGUCUCCGCCGUUACCUCCAAAAUGAGUGCUGAAACACUCGUGGCUGAGGAGUACAGUAACGACUACUGGGGGAUGGCUUACAGUGGCACAAUUAACCCGGUCCAUGGCGGACAAGUUGGUCAGGCUGAAGAAGGAGGCGAUGGUAUGAAACUCCUCCCACCAAGAACGCGAAGGCCACCUGGGAGGCCACGAAAGUGUAGGAUCUUGUCGGCGGGAGAGAUAAGAGGAUCUGGUGUGUUCAAGCGACGUAGGACUUGCACAAGGUGCGGUGGGCUAGACCAUAACCGUACAACGUACAGAAACCCUAUAUAG